GGAGAGUUCCAGUGCAAGGCAGAGCGAAGGCAGCAGGAAAUAUGGCCUGUUCAACGAUUAACAGCGAUAAUUCCCUGUAAUUUUCAUUGUAUUCGUGAGGAGACAGGUUUGUAAAUCUUCUUUUUGUUGGCCAACCGUCGAAGAAAGUGAUGAUGAAUGCAACAUUUGGUUAUUCUUUCCUAAUUUUAAUUACAUAACGGUGCUUCUUUCGAACCAUUGUGUUCGAUUCUUCUUUCGUUUCAGGUUCACGUAAUUAAUCUGAUUUAAUGUGUCUGGAAAGGAGGAAAUAUAUGUUUAAGUAGCAUAUCUGAUAUACCUUGGAGGCAAAAACAAUUUGAAGUAACCUUUCUAAUUGUUAUUGCUUGACUUUCCAUAACCUACUUGUUUUGCUUUUGUUUUCGUCGACGGUGUCGUCUGAUAUUGAUUUGUCUGUGGAUGCAUGUAAUCCUAGUUGUCACCGUAUUUACCUCUACCGAGUAGCCUUAAAAUUUUACUUACGUACUAUUGAAUGAUAAUUUAAAAACGUUAGAAAGAAGUGUCAAACUACGUAUACAUAUAAGUUUUCAAAAGUUAAGCUGCCGUUCCACUCAAUCUUCAUAUAAACAACAAUCUCAUUACUUACUAUUAUUCAUGGACACGGUUUUGCUUUAGUAAUGAACUUUGGCACGAUAUUUUAACACUUAAGAGCACGUAAGAACACUUAACUCCGAAGAAAAAAGGAAAAUGGUUUAUCAUCUUCAAAGCUAUUGUAAAAUUUCUGUAUGAUGAGUUGAUAUUUUUUAACUCUAUCAAAAUGAAACGGUAAUCGUGUUCUCAUGGCACCUUCUGAGAACGACUUGUUACACUCACCCCUUGAACUGAUCUCUGUUGAAGUGGAUGACAAUGGUUUUGUCUUCAUGAUAUUGAAUAUGUCUAAGUUUGUCACAUAAGUAACAAAAAAUCAGUGAAAAAAGAAAUUGAUGUCAGCGCACUGUGCAGACCUCUGGAAGCGAAGCCUACUUUCAGAAGUCUGCCUAGUGCACUAAAUCAAUUGUUUUUUUUUUUCAUUUGCGCUAAUUGUUUAUGUUGCAUGUGAUGAACUUUGCAAAAGGAGGGACUACUCUAGUCUAUCCAUUCACUCCCAUAAAGAUCAAGGAAGGUUUGUUACCUUAAGAAAAUAUUGAAUAAUCUUUUAACAUGGGUAAAUUACUAUCUCAGGCAGGACUAAUGGCCACAGCUGGCAAUCCAACAUCAUUUUCCUCCACUAAAGAGACCACAAAUUAUGCGCGACUUUGUCGACUUCUGGUUGAUGUGGGAUCCUUAGUGAUUAGGGACACGUUUGACAAAAUACAUCCACCUGCCAGUCUUCAUACCAACCUGACAACAACACAUCAUUCCACACUGCAGGCACUUCGCAAUCGGAGAGUCUUAAAUGCCACUCAGUGGGGAAAGCUAUACCCUGUAAUACGCUCCUCUGUAUCCUCAAGAGACUUUGAUAUCACACUUUUGACAGUCCUUCUGAGGAAAAUUUGCAGGUUGAGUCCACCAGCAACAGGCUGGGAUGCACUUCCACCUGACACAGAUGUGAGCGCCGAGGCCAACAUUGCAAGGGUGAAAUAUUUUAGAAACACUGUGUAUGGCCAUGCUGACCAGGCUUCUGUGGAUGAUGCAACAUUUAAUGCCUAUUGGAAGGACAUACAAGAUGCUCUUGUGAGUCUUGGAGGAGCUAAAUAUGAAUCUGCAAUUGAUGAUUUAAAAAAUGAAUGCAUGGACCCUGAAAUUGCUGAUCAUUAUGAAGAAAUGUUAAAAGAGUGGAAAAAGGAUGAAGACAACAUUAAGGAUGUGCUGAAAGAAAUCCAAAGGGAACUUGAAGAAUUAAAGGUAUCAACAAGUAAAUCUCAACCAAAAGGUAUGUUUCUGAUAUGCUAAUUGAUAGUCAAGCUUUCCCUGUGGUUUUAAACUUUUGUGCCAGCUAGAUUUUCCUUUUCCUUUUUCCUUCCCUCUCUUGUCCUUGCCUUCCCUCCCCUUCCCUUUGUUCUGCUCCCUUCACUUCCCCUCCCUACUUCUGUCCACCCCUCUCCCAACUCUCAUUCCCCCUCAUUCAAUCUACUCCCCUUUACUCUCCCAUCUCCCCUAGUCCCAUUCUACUCCUUUCCUCCUCUCUUGCCCUUCUCACCUUUCUUAUCCCUUUUCCUCUCAUCUCAUAUUCUCCCCUUUGCUCUCCUCUCCUCCCAACUCCUCUCAUCCCAUCUCCCUUUUUUCCUCUCUUCCACUUCACUCUUCUACACUGUACCCACCCCUUGCCUAACUUUUUUCCCCCUCUACUCUCAUCUUAUUUCCUCCCCUUUGCCCUUUUUCCUCUCUCCAUCAUUCCCCAUUUCUAUCCAACCAUCUCUUAACCCUAAAAUUCCCAAGAUCUGAUUGUUAAUUCUCCUCUCUAGCUGCUACACAUUUCCUUGUAAAUAGGUUAUGAGAAUUUGGUGUUAGAUCAAGGUAACAACUUCUACCUGAUGCAUUUGAGUAUUCUCAAUACCUGUUUACUGAAAAGUGCAUGGAUACUAUAGGGAGAAGUUACUCGUUAAUCACUUCUGGGAGUUAAUGGGUUAAGUUUCAUUUUCCUCUCUUGUAAUCCCUUCCCCUCCCCUUUGCUCCUCCUCAAGCCCAUUCCCAUUCCAGUCCCACCUACUCCUCUUUGCCUUUUUCUUCUUGCUCUCUCUCCUCCAUUUCACAUUUCUAUUCAACUAACUCCUACCUCUACCCUUCCCCUCUUAUCUCUAACCCACUUUUGACUUUGAUUUCCCUUUCUUGUUUUUCCAUCUCUUCCCUUUUUCUUUCCUCCUUUCUUCUCUUAGCUUAGCUUACCUUCUUUCCUAUAGUCCCCUCUCCUUUCUUCUCUCUUCCCCUCAACUCCUCCUCUACCUUAUACUUUCUUCCCUUCCCCUUCAUUUCCCUCAUUUCCUCUAUCCUUUUUUCUCUUCUCCUUUGGGAAUUUCGUUAGCUCCCGCAUUUGAAAUUAAUACACAGUCUUACUUUUGUUUUGGAAGAACUUUGAGUUUAUUACAUGUUCUCUUUGGUUUAUGUUUCAUUUGUUUUACAUAUCUGCCUUUUACUUGCAGUUGGAGCCUUUCACUCCCUCUCCUCUCUUGGCAUUCCCAUUCUUCUUCCCUAGUUUACCUUUCAUUCCAUAUUUUCAAUCUGUUUCAUUCAUUCCCCCCUCUUCUGACUAAUCCUCCUGACUUUUGUUCUCUUCUUUUAUCUUCCCCUUUCUUUGCUGCCAAUCCUUUUGUUUUGCUUUUUUUCCCUUCAUUUUAUUUAAUCCUGCUUUCCCAAACCUUCGCUCCUUUGUGCUCAAUAGAAGUUUCUCUAAGCUUCGUGUAUAAUUAAUGCCCAUAGCUGUGUCUCUAGCAGUCAUACCCUUAUAUUAUGUUGACAGUAAUUACCUCCUUUUCAGAAUUUGAAAUGUCACAUGACCUCAUAGAAACGAUUCGCAACCUCUACAAAACUCGUGAAGGUCGGCUCUCGCCAUUUCCUUGGUGUGAAGAGUUCAACUUCAAUCUAAACGACAUAUUUACCAAACCGACCAUUGUCACACGCGACAGAGCUGGAAGAUCGGUUGCAGAGCAAAUAGACAGUACUACAGGAGUCUUCAAACCUCAUAAGGAUUGUUCCAAGCCCAGGACUGUCCUGAUUGAGGGGGAACCAGGAAUGGGCAAGACAACCUACUGUCAAAAGAUGGCAUGUGACUGGGCCAAUGAUCUGGAAAUUGAUGUAUCUUUCCCCAAUUUUAAAUUGCUUCUCUUCCUUAGAUGUUGUGACGUGUCAGGCAGCAUAUGGGAAGCUAUUGAUGAUCAGCUUCUUCCUAAAGAUGUCGAAGAGGACGCAAAAGAGAACUUCUUCAAGUUCAUCCGAGCCAAUCAAUCCCAGGUGUUGCUUGUACUUGAUGGAUUGGAUGAAGCUCCAUCAAAUCUUUCGAAGAUGUUUACUGACCUUGUUCAGGGUAGAGAGCUUCCAAAAUGUCACAUCAUUCUUACAUCCAGGCAGGAGGCUGGGAUGAGCGUGAGCAAGUAUUGUGACACCUUAUUACACAUCACAGGAUUUUCUCUACAGAGCAUUCUCAAAGCUUCAUCACUCGUUACUUUGAUGGUCGGGAAGCAUUAGGUCAGAGGCUCUUAAGCGAGACAAGACGCAAGAAAGAACUUUUGGAACUGACAAUGCAUCCUUUGACGACAGCUCUGCUAUGUCUCUUGUGUGAAGACUAUGAAGGCGAUCUACCCUCAAGCAAAACUGAGCUCUAUCUUGAAAUAACUGGUUGCGUUUUAAGGCGAUUUCGGCAAAAGAAAGGAUUCUCUAACGUAGAAGGAGACUUGAUUGACUUCCACAAAGAUGACGUAGAGCGACUGGGACGACUAGCCUGGAAAGGUUUGACAGAAGAUCAGAUGUACUUCAAAAGAAAUGAACUUGGAGGUUCAGCAAACGAAAUACCGGUAUUUGAAUUCCUGUCAGUCCACACCAAUCGCAGCAAAAGACAUCCUUCCCUGGAUUAUGCAUUUAUUCACAGGAGUUUUCAAGAUUUCUUUGCAGGUUAUUUUUGGCGAGCCAGAUUUUAAGUGGUGAAAUAAGCCCUGAAAUGCUAUUUCCAGAAGAUGGAUCAUACGUUAAGUAUGAGCUCGCCCAUUUCUUUGCAUUCGGAAUUAUCAGCCUCAAGAGUGAAGAGAAAGCUACAUGUUUCAUGAACACCAUAGUCACAAACAUUAAUCAAAGCCCGGACCUUCAUGCAAAUUACUUAUUGUAUUUUGCCUUAAAAUGCAUAAGGGACUGUUUAGUAAGUUCUACUCUGUCAAGUAAGUUGUUGCACUUGCUAGGAACAAAACUGCAGCGCCACACAUUGGUUAUUUUUCGACAACAGAUGUGACAUCCCAUUGCUUGCUGAGGCCCUUAGAGUAAAUACCAUUCUGAAGGAAUUCAGUAUGCCAUUGCCAUGGUAUUCUCCUGGAGACAUAUAUGCGGUUUCCUUAGCUAGAACCCUUCAAGUCAACCAAACCCUGGUAAAAAUCAACUUAACAAACAAACUUAUCAGCGCAGUUGGGGUCCAGCACUUGGUAGACGCGCUUAUGGUAAACUCCACCCUCCGUGAUCUAAUCCUUGCUGGCAAUAUGUUGAAAGAUGAUAGCGCCGGGAUUUUGGCGGAGUACUUAAAGGCCAAUAAAGCCCUGGUUUGUUUAAACCUGAUGGCAAAUGGAAUUACUGACCGUGGUGCCAUAUGUCUGGCAGAGAGUCUACGCCACAAUACCACAUUGGAGAUUCUGGUCCUGGCAGGAAACUUAAGUUUUGGUAACCGUGGGGUUUUGUCUCUUUGUGAAACUCUCAAAGUAAACAAUACGCUCGGUAUGGUAGAUCUGUCAGGGACUAGCCUAGAUGAUGUUGGUAUUAAGUCGCUCCUUAAAGCCGUUAGGGAUCGUACCACCCUAACCAGUCUGAACUUAUCUGAUAUGAAGAUGAUAACCAAGAAGAGCAUCCGUUCUAUCGCUGAAUUUCUGAGAGUGGAUUCAUCCCUGAUGUCACUUGGUUUUGAGGGGAGCAAAGUUAGUGUGGGUGGUGCCCGAUUAAUCGCUGAAAGCCUCAAGGUCAACAAAACUUUGAAACUUUUAUUUCUCUCAAGAAACAAUAUCAGAGCGCCAGGGGCCCAUUUUCUAUCUGAAGCACUUAAAGUUAACAAAACACUGAUGUUAUUGAAUUUGUCUCAGAACGCGCUCAGAGCUCGAGGUACUCAGCUUCUUUCAGAUGGUCUUGGAGUGAACUCUGCUCUGACUAAUCUUGAUCUAUCAGUGAAUGGUAUUGGGCCUGAAGGUACUCAGUCAAUCGCCGAGGCCCUUAAAAUUAAUAAGGGACUGGCUGCUCUUAACUUGUCAAGCAAUGGUAUUGAAGAUUCUGGAGCUAAAUCACUCUGCCAGGCCCUGAAAGAAAAUAAAACCCUGAUUAACCUGUCCAUCGCAGAAAACGGUAUUCAAUCCUCUGGUGCAAGGGCGUUCGCCGAGGUUCGCAAAACCAAUGGCACAUUGCUUCAUUUAGACAUAGGAGAAAACAAUAUUGGUCAAUCUGGAAUUCAAGCGCUAUCCGAAGCUGGUUUCCAAGGAUUCCUCCCACUUCGAAUUGAUUGCGAAAUUAAAUUGAUUCAGAAGCAGUGA